UGACGUACUGAUCAUCAUGGCGUCUGUUGGGAGUGGAGUUGAACAUCAACGUGGGGUUCAUGAAGGGCCGCAGAGGAAAAGAAGGGGUCCGGGACCCCUCGCCACUGCUUACAUGGUCAUCUACAACGUGGUAAUGACGGCCGGAUGGUUGGUCAUCGCAGUGGGUCUGAUCCGAGCUGGCUUGGCAAGGGGCACAUACCAUGGUCUUUAUUAUUCCAUUGAGAAGCCAUUGAAGUUCUUCCAGACAGGAGCAUUGCUGGAGAUCCUUCAUUGUGCUGUAGGAAUUGUUCCAUCCUCUUUUGUCCUGACUGGAUUCCAGGUGAUGUCGCGGGUGUUUUUAACAUGGGCAGUAACGCACAGUGUCAAACAGGUACAGAGUGAGGACAGUGUGCUCUUAUUUGUCACCGCAUGGACACUCGCUGAGAUCGUACGCUAUUCCUUUUACACCUUCAGCCUCCUGAACCAUCUCCCCUAUGUGAUCAAAUGGGCCAGGUAAGAAAUCUCUUGACCAGAGAAAUCCUGGCUUACUAACUCAUUCUUUCCAUGCAGUAGCAUGGAAGUGAUGGUUUAUAUGUAGAUGUAAAUCGUAAGUCCACUGAGAAAUGGAGAAACAACAGUUAGUGUGAAACAUUUCUAGUAUCUCUUUUUGACCCUAUCAAACAUUACACUAUCUUACUUCCCUGCCUUUUUGCCCAGUGGCUGUUGGUGGAAGUGCGCUUCCAUCCAUGAUGCAAUUGGUCCUGGGUGUGAUGCCGCCUUAGUCAAAUAGCCUGUUGACCAUUUUAAGUGUUCAUACAAGAUAAAUGGUAGAAUAAGUGCCAUCAGCUUUGAAAACUAACACACAAACUUGUGUACAUGGAGAUCACUAGGGAUUCUCCAGUUGCUUUGAUGGAUAAGUAUUUAGCGCAGUUGUUAACUAUCAAGGUUGACUUUGUUCUCAGUGAUGUUGAACCAAGUGCUGAUUUUUAGAUGUGAUGGCCACCUACAAAGCAUAAGUCUGGAGUGUGAUGGGAUACUCCCCACUUGCCUGAAUGCCUGUUAUUGGGGCUGACAUCAUCCAGCACAGAACAACCCACUUGAAUGGCACCCAAUCCACCAUCUUUAACAUUUACUUCCUCUUCCACUGAUUAGCAAUGGCAACAGUGUGUACCAUCAACUCACCAACACCCCUUCAGUAGUAUCUUUCAAACCAGUGAUCCCCACCACCUAAAGGAUGAGGGCAGCUGAUACAUGGGAAUGCCACCAGUACAAGUUCCCCUUCAAGCCCCACACCAUCCUGUCUGGGGUGGGGGGAAAAUAUCGCCGUUCCUCCAGUAUCACUGGGUUAAAAUCUUGGAACCCUUGUCCCAACAUCAUGUCGAUAUCCCUACAUUUCAAGGCCUCCUGUAGCUAAGAAGGGUAAUUAGGGACAGGCAAUAAAUACUGGCCCAGCCAGCAACACCCAAAUCCAGAGUACAAUUUUUUUUUUUUAUUUUAAGCAAUCAAUUCCAUGUGGGAGAAAUGGUCAAGGCGUUAACUUUGUGGAGUACUCACGUACCCUUUAGGCACCUUGCUGUAUUCUCCUCAAAUGUUGAAAUGCUUAAUGAUAGACACCACUUCUGUUGAGAUCUCUAUCAGCAUGAGAUCAUAACUUGUAUUUGUGUAGCACACUUUAAUAUCACAUCACAGCUGAACUGUAUGUAAGGUUUUUGUUUGAAGUGCCCUUUUUUACUCUUUGAUCCCCAAAAUAUAUAGUACAAUUUGAGGACAAGAAUUCAGUAAAACAAAUUUGAGGUUCAGUGGAUUUGUCAAUUUUACCUCCCUAAACCUACACGUUGCAACUUAUUUUUGUCAAGUGAAAUUAUGACUAUCUGGAUUGACAACCAGACCGAUUAAAAUUCACAGGUUUGCUGGCCACUGAUGGAGAAGAAAUGGGUUAAAAUCCUGAGAGCAGAUUUUCUCGAAGGAGGGUCUCUGCCUGAGGUGUCCUCUUGGAUUUUGCUUUUUCUUUAGGUACUGACAUGGUGCUGUGAAUUUCCAAGCAUUUGCCUUUUGCUUUUCUUUAUUUGUCUUUGCAGCCAUUUGCAAUUCGUGCGGAAAAGGUAACUGCGGGGUGGAAGUUUCCCACCAUCUCUUAAUGACAAUAUAACUCUCACCUCAUUGGCAAAGAGAUGCUGUAAGACAGCAGUUAUUUUUGUGCAUGUGUGUGCGAUAGUGGAAUUACUUAACUUCCUGGCCACUUGCUGUUCUGAGGAAUGUCAAAGUAUCUGCUACCUUUGAAAACUGGCCGUUGACAGCUUUUGUUCAUCCAUGUGGCAACAGUCUAACAUUAACUACUGAAUGAGUGUUCCUAUUCUGCAUGUGUUUUCACUGGGGUGGGGAAAUGAUGUAGGUGAGGGAUCCCAGUCUUUAUUUAAGUGGUUGUGCUUUAACUUGCCAUAAGUCAUGAUGGAGCUUGUAUUGUGUGAGGCCCUACCCCUCUUCACCCCCAAGACCCCAUCAACUGACUGGCCACAAUGCCUGUCAAAACAUCCUGACAGUGCCCUGGAUGUGUCACUCAAUUUCUGCUCUGCACCUUCUGAUCUGUUGUCCCACUAGCUCAUCCUACCUCAUCAACUUGCCAUUCCCAAACUUGAUAACAAUAGAAUGGGAGGUGACCCCCACCCCUCACCAGCCAAAACUUAUGGACAAUUCACGUGGCCUUGCAUGAUUUGCAGAGUGAAGAUCCUGGAGCAUGACAUUGGCUGGGCAGACAGCUUGUUGGAGUCACAAGUAAAAGCUGUAGGGUGUUGGUUGAUCUUGACCACAGCCCCUUUUGUGAUUGUGUCCUGGCUGUAUCGCUCAAAUAUCUCCCACAUCUUUCCUUUAAGUAAUUAUCUGCUUUCAAAGUACUGCCAUUCUGUCCAGUUGUACUGUAUCAGUGUUAAUGCUGCACAACUCUCUCUCUCUCAUUGUAUUGUAUCCCAUCAACAUAGAAGUAAGAGGCUGUGUUUUUAUCUGGCUGUGGCUUAUCAAGAUCACAAGAUUCUGUGUUUGAGUACCUCCAAGGAUUAAGCACAAAUUAGGCUGAUGCUCCUGUGCAGUAUUGAGGGCUCAUUGGUGUUGGAAAUCAUGAAUACAUCUGACCGUGGGAUUGUAGGGCAUUAAUUCAAAAUCAAGCAGGAAAGGUAUUCAUCAGUGUUCCCCCAAUAUUUAUUCCUCCAUAAAUGUAAUAAAAGCAGAUAUUGGUCAUUAUUAUGUGCCCCCCCCCCCCCGCAAUGAUUUGGCUUUUGCACUUCCUCCAUUAUAAGCAGUGACUACACUUAAAAGUACUUGCUUGUUGUAAGACUUUGAAAGUCAUUUGAUAUUUUUGGAGCACUAUUAUAUAAAUGCAUGUCUUUUCCUGCUUCAGUGCAUCUCUGCAGUUUCCCUCAAGUGCUUCUCGUAUUGGCAAGGUUCACUUUUCCACCACUGUAGAAUCCGCUUCUAUCCAAAAACGAAACCUUUUUAUUUGACUUGAGUGACUGCCAUCAGAUCAGUCAGGCUUCACCACCUCUAAAGCAAAGAACCUCCAUCUGUUCACUGAGAAUAACUUCUUGGGUCUGGAGCCCUCCUCAUAAGUCUAUGACUCAAGUUGGGGUCAAAUGGCAUUCUUUGGUUCCCUAUGUGCACAGAGGAGACUUUGACCUUUUCUGAUGUGGAUGGGAUUCUACAGUACAGUGAUUUUAUUGCCUGAGCUAAUGUGAAUGGACCUAUACUUAGCAUUUCGUGUUUGUGACUUGUCUAAGUGGAUAGCUGUAGACAGACAUGGAAAAUUCAAAAUGGGAUCCUGGUAGUGAGAUUUUUAAUGAGGCAAAGAUUUGACUCUUAAAAAGGCAGAUGUGAAAACAAUUUUCUUGAUGCUGAAGAGUGGCAGCUUUUCUGCAACAGUUGGACAAAGGCUUUGUUUGGGCUGUGUAAGUGUAACUUGUGACUACUUGGCUAAGUUGCUAUAAGAGCUUGGAGCAGUAUGUGCGGUUUUGGUCUCCUUACCUCAGGAAAGGUAUUAUUGCCACAAAGGAAGCAUAACGAAGGUUCCCCAGGAUUGUCCAUUGGAAAAAAAAUUGGACAACUGAACAUGUAUUCUCUUGUGUUCAAAGGACUGAGGUGAACUCAUUGAAAUAUAUAAAAUAUUUAAAGGAAUAGGCAAGGGUGGGCAUAAGAUGUUUUCCCUGGUUGGGGAAUCU